ACACCUCUCGACAUUUGCUCCACUUCUCGUCUUCUUUCUUCUGCUCCAUUUACGUUUUAAAGCUUUCAAAGAUGGAAGACCCCAAACCUGCGCAGGACACCGCAACCCAAAAUUCAAUUCCACCAAGUACAGCGCAAACUGCUCCUCCACAACCUUCUGCUCCUUCUUCUCCAGAUAAAGGGGGCAAGAAGAGACCACUUGACAUUAAUGCCGGAAUCCAGAAUUCCCCCUACUUCAAGAUGCGUCUUAUUCUCAAAGAUCUCCGGCCUCAUUUUAUCGAGGUGCUUCGGACCCCUGACUUCCUGAAUUGCAAGGCAGCUCAAGAAAUUUGUGAAAAGAUGAAGGUCAUGAUGGAGCUAUACCAACAGAUGAUAGGAGAAACAGACUCCACAACAAAGAGUAAGAAUGUGGUUGCAAACCAACCAUUGUCGAGUGAAAAUGGGGUUGGACAAAAACAACAAGAGCAGUUCCAAACCAAUAGCCCAGCAAACCAGUAUCAACCAGAAUCCGUAACUGGGAAACCAUCUGAAGAUUCUCAGUCGAGCAUUGUGGAUGAGAUACAACUAACUGAAAAUGGCCAGACCACGGGAUCUUAUAUUGUUGGAGGAUCUGCUUUUGGAUGGAAUUUCAUAACAUUUUCUGGUGGUAAAUCAGUCUAUUAUGGAGUAACAAAGCAAUCGUUUAGAAGUGGUCAGCAGGCAAAAGCAGGAGGGGAGUGAAUACUAUCUGGUCAGAUAGAAGAUAACAAUUCAUCAAGGGAAAAGUCUGCUGGUUGUUCCUAUGGCCCUGUACUGAUGCUGAGAAGUUUUUACUGCUGAUUUAGUAACUUUUUAUGGGUGGAAUUCAUUGCUGCAGUGCAGUGAUCUGAUCUUUUACAUGGUUUUCACAUUUGCUAGACGCAUUCCCUAGCUUUUCAUGCCAUGAUUUGCCUUGAUGGAAACUGGGAAAGAAACCUAAAGUUAAAUGUUUUCAUGCCAUGAAGGUGAUGAUAGGAGAGAUUAUUAGAAUGUCUUGGCUUUUCAAGAAGAAAAUAGUAGAAUUCCUAGUACAAAUUCUUGUGCUAUUCAAUACCAGCCUCUUAAAUCAUAUAAAUCUCAUUUCAGUUUAGAGGUCA